AUGGCCAACUUGGCCAACAUGACCUUCGUUGCUGACUUUGACCUCUUGCGAGAGGGCCGCAUCAAUAUCCGCGAUCAACCUUGGGCCCAGCCAGGUGGCCCUGCUCAGCAGGCCAUGGACCUUCAGCUCAAACGGUCAGAUGAGGAAAUUAACCGUUUGCAUAAUGAGAUUCAGCGGUUUUGGACCUGGAUGUACGAUGAAAGCCAAUUUCUGGAACGAUAUGAGGCACACCUCAGCCAAGUGGACAACAAUCCAUCUCUUGCCUACCAUGUUUACCUACAGCGCAUUGAGAGGGAGCACUUUGACGAGGUUCAUCGCCGACGCCUGCGAAAACUCAUUGGGCAUGGGCUGCCACCUUCAGCAGUGCAGUUAGGUGUCAGUGUUGAUUGCACACAACAUGCUCCUCCUGUCACAAGGCCAGCUUGUCAGCCCCCUCCUCCAACGGCAGAGGAAGAUUUAGAUGGUGAGGAUGGGCUACAAGACACUGGGCCACCCACCUGUUUAGCCCACAAAACACUGUGA